AUGUUCGAUUCCCCCAUUCCCCAAUUCCUGAGAUAUUUGAUCCCUCAAUUCCUGGGGUGUUUGGUUCCCAAAUUCCCAAAUUCCUGGGGAACGUUUGAUUCCCCAAUUCCUGGGAUCUUUAAUUCCCAAAUAAUUCCAGCUGUUUUCCAGCUGGCCGAGCUGAAGCAGGAGUGCCUGGCCCGGGGGCUGGAAGCCAAAGGCAACAAGCAGGACCUGAUCCAUCGGCUCCAGGCCUACCUGGAGGAGCACGCUGAGGAAGAACCCAACGAGGAGGAUGUGCUGGGAGAGGAGAUUGAGGAGGAGGAGCCCAAGGCACCCGAGCCCCCGGCCAAGGUGGAGGAGGCGCCGGUGAAGUCGCCCGACGUCAUCCAGGAGAAGAAAGUGGUGAAAAUCUCCUCAGAAAUCUCCCAGAUGGAGAGGAUGCAGAAAAGGGCCGAGAGGUUCAACGUCCCCGUGAGCCUGGAGAGCAAAAAGGCAGCGAGGGCAGCGAGGUUUGGCUUGGCCACAAUUCCCACAAAAGGGCUCUCGGCAGAUUCCAAACCCACGAUAAACCUGGAGAAGCUCAAGGAAAGGGCCCAGAGGUUCGGCCUCAACGUCUCCUCCCUCUCCAAGAAGAGUGAGGAGGAUGAGAAGCUGAAGAAGAGGAAGGAAAGGUUCGGGAUCGUCACCGGAGCCGGGGCUGCCGAGGAUUCCGAGGUGGGGCAGAAUUCCCAGAAAUCCCUGGGCUCAUCCCAAAACCACUUCCCAAUUCCCAACCCCUGAGGGAUCCUGGGAUUU